UUCUCCUGGCAGCCAUCAUGAAGGGUGCAGUCUCGAUCUGCUGUUUCCUCUCCCUGCUGCUUUUGCAGGCCACAGCAGAAGAAGAAGAAGAAGAUUUCACCGGCGUCCUCAGAGACAGAUCUCACAUCGAUGAGACGCUGCGACUUGCAACUGAAGAGAAAGCAGGAGACUAUGCAGCGGCUCUCCAGAGGUUGCGGAAGAUCUACCACACAUCCAUCAAGCCGAUGGAGCAGGCCUACAAGUACAACGAGCUGAGGCAGCACGAGAUCUCAGCCUACCCCGGACGAACCCUGGGGGACUCAGCCACAGACGGUGAGAUUACCUCCAAGCCCAUGGUGCUGUUCCUGGGACCCUGGAGUGUAGGAAAGUCCUCCAUGAUAAAUUACCUCCUGGGCUUGCAAGAUAGCCCCUAUCAGCUCUACACAGGAGCUGAGCCUACUACCUCUGAGUUUACUGUUAUUAUGCACGGGGAGAAGAUCCGCUCUGUUGAGGGUAUCGUUAUGGCAGCAGACAGCUCUCGCUCCUUCUCUCCCCUGGAGAAGUUUGGCCAAAACUUCCUGGAAAAGCUGAUCGGUAUUGAGAUGCCCCACAAGCUGCUGGAACGUGUGACUUUUGUGGACACACCAGGAAUCAUUGAGAACCGCAAGCAGCAGGAGAGAGGCUAUCCUUUCAACGAUGUCUGCCAGUGGUUCAUUGACCGUGCAGACCUGAUCUUCGUGGUGUUCGAUCCCACGAAGCUGGAUGUCGGUUUAGAGCUGGAGAUGCUCUUCCGGCAGUUGAAGGGUCGUGAGUCCCAGAUCCGCAUCAUCCUAAACAAGGCUGACAACCUGGCCACCCAGGACCUAAUGAGAGUCUACGGAGCACUCUUUUGGAGCUUAGCGCCCCUCAUCAAUGUGACCGAACCCCCUCGUGUCUACGUCAGCUCCUUCUGGCCGUACGAUUAUGCACCUGACACCAGCCGUGAGCUUUUCAAGCGAGAAGAGAUUUCCCUCCUGGAAGAUCUCAACCAGGUGAUCGAAAACCGCAUGGAGAACAAGAUUGCCUUCAUCCGCCAACAUGGUAUCCGUGUUCGCAUCCACGGCUUGCUGGUAGAUCGCUACGUCCAGACCUUUAAAGAGAAGAUGAGCUUCUUCAGUGACCCCGAGCUAGUCUUCAAGGAGAUUGUGGAUGAGCCAGACAAGUUCUACAUUUUUAAAUCCAUCCUAGCCAAGACCAAUGUCAGCAAGUUUGACCUGCCCAACCGAGAUGCGUACCGUGACUUCUUUGGCAUCAACCCAAUCACCAACUUCAAGCCCCUGUCAGCUCAGUGCUCCUACAUGGGAGGCUGUCUGCUGGAUAAGAUUGAGAGGGCAAUCACCAAUGAGCUGCCUGCCCUCCUGAGCAGCAUUAACUCUGGCAAGCAGCCUGGCCUGUCCUCCUGCGAGGCCACUGGCUGUGGAGAGAAGCCAAAGAACCGUUACCGAAAGAACUGAGGAACACAAUAUAACUCGAGUGGAGGAAGUCAGGAGAAAGAGGAAGUGAAGAGAAGAGAAGGGGUCUGGUGGAAGCCAGCUCUCCUUUUGUCAGAACGUUUGUAUUGUGGAGGAGACAAGAUUAAAGUUUGUUUUUUUCCUCAGGAGAACACAGGGAGGCACAUUUAGGGAGUAAGAAUGAUGCAGACAGUAGGAGGGAGGGUCAUUGUUUGAUAAGGCAGCUUAAGGACACAAAUGCUGAAGAAAUGAGAACACGCCACUGAUUACUGAGUUUUGAUAAAAUACAUGCCUUCCUCUCUCCCUUGCACACAUCGGACUGUCUGGGACUUUGGGGUUGGGGCAAUAAUGAUGAAGAAAAAACAGAAAUGGAAAAGAAUAAGUAAGAUCAAAUAAAAAUUGAAAAUCCUGAGACUGAAACUAGUCAAAUACCAGCUCCCUUGUAUGUGAAUAAAACAGGAAAAGUGGAAACAGAAAUCUGUGUUGUAAAAUUAUAAAGAUUGCAUCGCAGCAGGUGAAUUCCACAAGCUUCAGAAGUUGUUUUUGAAGUAGCCUUUUUGUGGGUGCUAUAAAAAGUCUUGGUCAUCCAAACCUUUGCUUUUGAAACAUAGAUUAACACUGCAUGUUAGAUAUCACAUCUUAUUUAACAGAUGCAUGUAUUUUACUUCUAACAUAAUCGAGCAAUAUGUCUUCGUGUUACUGACACCUAAACCUUCCUGCCGUGCAACAAAUGAGGCCAUUCUUAGUUUUUAUGCUCGUCAGUCUUGGUUGUUGACAACCUGUGAAAUGAGCAGAGGUCAGGGUUCAGGGGUCAGAGUCUUCAGAGCGGACCGGGUUUGUUCAUUCUGCUUCUUAACUGUUCUUAUUGUUUUUGUUUGAGUCUAUACAUUUGCCAGAAAUUCAAUGCUGUGUGUUAAGAAUGAUUUUUUUCCUUCACUGAUAAGCUUCCCAGCUUUUUGUAGCUGAGUGACCACAAAAAAAAAAACAACAACAACACAUGAAUGAUGUGCUUGAAUUUUUGUCCGUUUGUUCUGCCAUUUCUUCUGCAGGUUAGAAAGAUAUUUAUUGAUUUUUUUUUUUCCGCGUAACUUUCCAAAUGGGCAUUGAAGUGGGCCGUGUAUGUGCGCUGAAAAAUCCUGCUGCACAAUCCGAAACGUCACCGCAAGACUGUGAAGGUGAGUCUCUGUGAUGGAGGAUUUCUUAGAUGGAGGUGAAGGUGAAGUGGAGGACUCAUGAGUUGACCCCUGACCUCUAUGGAAAGAAGGAAACCCUAAAUUCUGUCUGUGCCCUCACAACGGUAGAGGGUGAAACUUAUGAAGCUGCCGGUUCUUGUGAAGCUUAACGAACGUCUCGGGCACAGUGUGGCACAGUUAAACUGAAAGAUAGACGCAUAUAUUGGACAUCACAACAUGUGAUGGCCAUGCCCCACCCACCUGAACUGCAACAUAUCAUUUCUUUAGUUUGGUUUUUGAAGAGGGUUGGUAUUAGACGUGCUUUUAAGUGGAUUUUGCUACCUUCUAAUGCAGCCAGGCUUCCAGUAUUUAUGCUAAUUUAAACUAACAAGCUGCUGGCUAUCGCUUCGUAUGUACCUUUCAGACACAAUUGCUGGUACUGAUGUUGUCACCAAAUUAAAACAAACAAACUAUGCUUUAAAUACAAACAGGUAGGUGGUACUAACGGAGUCAUGGACACCUCCAGUCCCCUCCAUGUCCUGUCUCACUAAUCCUGACUGCUUUUUUUUGUUCAACCUCGCUCUGAGGCAUGAUGCAGAUGAAUAUAACAAACCAAGGAAGCUGCUUCUUCUUGUUUCUGAGUGCUCCACUGGGUGUGUUUAGUAUGUUUACACUGCAGAUCCAGAACAUGCCCACUAGAGAGUGCUGUGUAAAAGACUAACAGAUACAGACCACAAAGGAGCACUCAUCACAGCAAAAGUUUAUUGUGGGGAGACAGCUUCGUGACAUAGUUGUGCUUUUGGUACAUUUCAGUGUCACUUAUCUUCAAUUACCCGUGAAGUAGAUGUUGAACAGAUGUGUGUCCCAUUAAAGUAGUUGUUGAUUCACUUUUUUUUUUUUUUUUUUUGUUUUGGUAUAAAAUUUAAAUUAACCUUGGCCCAGUUUUUGGAAGCUUGAUCGUCAAGAAUAAAGAUUUCUGAUGGACUAGGCGGA